AGCUCUUCGAUUAACAACUUGCUGGAGGCUAUUCAAAUGAGCCACACCGUGGGAUGUAAGGAGCUCUCUGAUUGGUCAGAGAGCUGCCCGCUUUAUUCACUGUUACGCGCACACUUUAGGCGCCACAGUGGAGAAGAAGAAAGGUAGUGUGUAAACAGAUAUGACGGAAGAAACCUGUAGAAACGAUCGAUGGAGAAGUACAAUAGAGGAUCUAAUUUUAUUAGCUGACUAUGUAGAAGGCACUGUUUCUGUUGAUUUUAACUAUGCUUUGACCACACUACUCCAGCUAAGAGCAAAUGCUGAAGUCUUGAGCCACCACUUUGAGGACAGUGUUUGGGCUAAGUUUGAUGAGGUGGAGCAUUUAAUACGGGAAAAUUGUUAUACUCUUCCGCUAUUUGACAUAGAAAGAAAACAGUUACAGAGGCAACUCUCCCUCGGAAUCCCGCACAAGGAUAUAUCGAAACAUUUGGGUGUGUCUUUAAAAACUGUUCAGCGCAGGAUUGCCUGUUGGGGACUGAGACGCAAGGACUUGGACAACAGUGUCAGUGAUGAAGACUUGGAUGUUAUUGUCUCUGAUAUUCAUCACCACCAUCCCAACACUGGAUAUAAGAUGAUACUGGGUCACUUAAGAUCAAGAAAAAUCUUGGUUACAAGGAGAAGAGUGUUGGCAUCAUUAAGACGUGUGGAUCCCCAGGGAAUACAGAUGCGCAGGUUCUCACUGCAAACCACACGGCGACGGCGUUACUUUGUUCCUGCUCCAAACAGCAUGUGGCAUAUUGACGGCAACCAUAAGCUUAUAAGAUGGAGAGUUGUUGUGCAUGGUGGCAUUGAUGGAUUUUCCAGACUCAUUGUUUACCUCACUGCUACAAACAACAACAGAGCCCAAACUGUCCUGGAGAGUUUCAUGACUGCAGUACAGCAUUAUGGUAUCCCCUCUAGAGUCCGUUCAGACAAAGGAGGGGAAAACAUUCUGGUGGCACGCUUUAUGGUGGCCCACUGUGGGCUCAACAGGAGGUCCCACAUUGCUGGAAGAAGUGUCCACAAUCAGAGCACUACUUUUCUUCGCCUUGAAGCUGAGGGAUGGCUCAGUCCAGACAAGGAGACAGACCUAUAUGCAUUGCACAGGUGUUACAUGCCACACAUCCAGUCACAUCUGCAACAGUUUCUGAGAGCAUGGAACAACCACUCACUGAGAUCAGCGCGGAACCAAUCUCCUGUUCAGCUGUGGUUGAGCAGAGAAAGAGAUGGAAGCACAGCGCAUUUGUGUCAGGCAGCUCAAGACUGUGUAAACAACUGGAGAGGGCCACCUGAGUCAGGUCAAGUUUAUGUCCCAGAGUUGGAGCUUCCCCGUGCCCUAUCGGCAGCAGAACUGGCAACACUUCCGAAUGCAAAUGUACCACUGACAGAGACAUUGCAAGUUUACAUUGAGACUGUUUCCCUUCUCCGAGAAAUGAUGGACAGGUGAUUCACCAGCACAUGCAUCAAAGCAAGGAGGUUUUUACUGCAUUAAAGAUAUGGAAAACAUCAUAAAUUUACUAAUAAGUGUUUGAAAAUGUUGGGUCAUAUUAACAAUUCAGUCACACAGCAUUUUUUUUUCAGCAAAUCCCUAAAAGUCUCUAACUUUUAAAUAUCUGCUAGUUUAUGUAUCAAAAUCAAGUUCUCCUGUCUGUGUGCAAGACCCCAUCUCGUUUAGGAAAAAUCUAUUUUUCUCUGCCAGAUGUCUUUGACGUAUGCUGUAUAUAUUUUAUUUUUACAAUGACAUUAACUUUUUUUAUUUCAAGCUUCUAUUGCUAAGUGUUCUAAAACAAAUUCUGAAUUACAUUUUCACAUAAACUCACAUGCUUUCUAAAUCUACGUGUUGUCCUUCACAAGAACCUAAACUUAAAUAAUUUGUAGUUUAAUAUCUUCCUUUCUUUCUAUUGUUGUAUUAUUGCUGGUAUAUGGCUCAUAUGAUCAGUUUGUAUGUAGCCAGUGAAAUAAAAUGAUUUUGGCAGUAAUGGUU